AUAGAAAACGAAAUUAUAAAGUUAAUCGUUUUCGAGAUGAGCACAUAAAACACAAACAUACAUACAUACAUACAUGUACAUACAUAUACAUAGAAAGAAAAAAAUAUUGCCACGUUCAACGUAGGUGUAAGUAAGUAAUAUUAAAAGUUUCUCAUCUCGUUGAAGAUCGAAAACAUUCGAGAAUGAAAACCACUGUCCUUUCUCUCACGAAGCGGAGAGGGCCGAAUGGUUAGAUAGUAGGGAUAGUUGUCAGUUGCGAAGAGGAAAAGGGAGGGGAGAGUGGGACCUCUCGUGUGCACGGAGGAGUUCGCGAGCGUGCUUUUCACCAGUCGCCAACGCUGUCAGUGAGGAGCGUCAGUCUCGAAGGAGUGGUCCUAGGUAGUGUCGUUAUCCUCCUUUAAAUCUACGAAAUGAUCCUUCGAUAAAGGAAUUUACGUGUUACGUUUUCAAAUUUAUAGUGUCUACGAAGAAUUUCAUUUAUUAUUUUUGUGCUAUCGCGAUUGAUAAAGUCGAAAAUUAAAAAGAGAAAACAAAACAAAUUUUUUUCUUUGAGUAUAAUACUUCGGCUUCGACCGCAAAGAUUUUACGAGGGUUCGACAGAGCCAAGAAAAUGACGCCGCACCGUCGAUCGUAACGAGCAAGCUUCUCAUAGGAACACCAACCUUCUUUGAUCUCAAGGAUCCAUCUCUUUGGGAUCGUCGAACGAAGAAGAAGACUUUUACAUUUUUCCGUUUUCUCUCGUUUUGUUUUGUUUUUUUUUUUUGGUUUCGAGUAUUUCUUUAUUUUUUGUUUUUUGAGAGAGAAAGAAGACGAAAGUAAUCGAAAAUACGUUUGGAUAUGACGAAAUUUUCUUACGUUCUCACGAAGAUUUAUCGAUCGUGGGAACGAGACAGACAGAAAGGAUAUAUCAAAAAGAUCACUGUGACAUUGAGAAGGAAGAAGUUAAUUGAAUGAUAUUCCCGAUCGACCUUUAUCUUUCUACGUUUAUUUUGAAUCAGUGUGAUGAUAUCUAACGUUAUGUGAGAAAAUUUGAUAGGAAAAAGGAAGAAGGAAAAAAAAAGAAAAACGAAGAAAGAAAAGGAAAGAGAGAAAAAAAAUAUGCUUCGUUAGAUAGAAACUGAACGAGUCUGUGUUGUGUUUGACGUCAUUCGGACAACACAGCCGUCCUUAGUCGAAAGAAAAUUCGAAACGUACGAGGAGUGAAUUUAGCGAUGCUACUACUUCCACAGUUUCGUCGUCAUCAUCAAAUACGAUCAGGAUCGUCAUACGGAUUUGUAAUACUUAAGAUUGCACAAAGUUCUGUUCGAAAAAUGUUCCGUCGUUUCUGCGUUGAGCCUCGACUUGUUCUUCGUGAAGGAAGAUAUACGUUUGUGGAUUUGCAUGCCGUAAGAAAAUUUGUUUAUCGUACCGAACGGAUAUAUUUAACAUCGUGAACGUAUUCAUGAAAAAUACAAAGCUUUUCGAGUUAGUAACGUUGGAUCGUAAAUCUCAAAGUAUCGACGUCUCUUACGUAAGAUAUCUAGAUAUCAGUUAUCUCUCUCUCUCUCUCAUGCACACUCUCUUUCUAUCCAUCCAUCCAUCCAUCUAUCUUUAAGUUUAUACUUGAUGAAUUGUAAGACGAGAUAGAAAGAAAGAGAGAGAGAGAGAGAGAGAGAAAGAGAGUACAAGUGCAAGAAGAUUCAAGGUAGACAGAAUGAUUCAUUCACCUAUAAUGGAUCGGAGCUAACGUUCGCGAUUGAAUUUUUCGUUCGUCGAAGAAAUUGGAUAAAAAGAAAAAAGAAGAGGGAAAUAUCCGAAGAAAAAGAUGAAAGUCCGAAGUUAUCCUGGUCGGGCCGUAUUGGAAGACCCGGAACUUCUAUUGGACCCGGACGCGACACGAGGUCGUGCGAUGGAGUUACUUUACGAGGCCAGUUGGAGAGAAUGUGGCAUCAACUGGACAAACGACAGUAGGAGCAACAAGGUGGUGUCUCGUGAACGGGACGAACUGGAAUGCCGAGAACCGUACGCCGAGGUGAUCUCACAAUUGGAAGGAGUACUGGAGGGUAGUCCUAACAGUGGUGGUGGUGGUGUUAGUGGUAUUAGUGGUGUUACUGGUAGUGGUGGUGAUAUUGACGAUGUAGGUGGUGACGAUGGUGCCGAAGAUUCUAGAGGUUCUUCCAGUCCAAGAGAAUGUGGGAGAUCUAGGAGAUCUAGCAGCACUGAUACCACAGCUAGUAGUACCGAUUCAUCCGAAACGAAUCAGGCUGUUGUUGGCAAUGGCCAAAGCGGAUUUCUCAUUCCAAGACCGAGACUCAUCGUACCGGUUCACACCUACGCUAGGAGACGACGAACCGGGGCUCCGCAACCUAUCAGAAGACGGCAAAUACGCCAAGAGGGUAAAGUUGAAGUAUCGAGGGACGGCAAGUACCUAAGUAAUUUGACGCCAGGCAAGGUUCUUGGUGAAUUAGCAAUCCUUUACAAUUGCAAAAGGACAGCAACGAUAACUGCUGCAGUUGAUUGUAGACUAUGGGCCAUAGAUCGACAAAGUUUUCAAACUAUUAUGAUGAGGACAGGCCUCACAAAACAAGCAGAAUAUACCGACUUCUUAAAGAGUGUACCUAUUUUCAAGAAUUUACCUGACGAAGCUUUAACAAAAAUUACUGACGUUUUAGAAGAAACUACCUAUAACAAUGGUGAUUAUAUAGUUAGACAAGGUGCCAGGGGUGAUACUUUCUUUAUUAUUAGUAAAGGACAAGUACGUGUUACUAUGAAGCAAAAGGAUUCGAUAGAAGAUAAAUUUAUUAGAACAUUACGCCGUGGUGAUUUCUUCGGUGAAAAAGCUUUGCAAGGUGACGACCUGAGGACUGCUAACAUCAUCGCAAACGAUGUCGAUGGUGUCACUUGUUUAGUCAUAGAUCGUGAAACUUUCAAUCAAUUAAUCUCUCCUUUGGACGAGAUACGGAAGAAAUACGAAGAUGAACUCGUGGAACGACGAAGAUUGGAUGAGGAGUUCCGACACGUUCAAUUGCACCAUCUACGACGGAUCGCUACCCUCGGUGUUGGUGGCUUUGGCCGUGUCGAAUUAGUUCAAAUUGGUGAUGACAGUUCUCAAGCAUUUGCGUUAAAACAGAUGAAAAAGGCACAGAUAGUCGAAACGAGGCAGCAACAACAUAUAAUGUCGGAAAAACGUAUCAUGAAUGAAACUAAUUGUGACUUUAUCGUCAAGUUAUACAAAACGUUCAAAGACGACAAGUAUUUGUAUAUGUUAAUGGAGGUAUGUCUAGGAGGAGAACUAUGGACUGUUCUCAGAGACAGAGGACAUUUCGAUGAUCCCACUACAAGAUUUUACACUGCUUGUGUCGUCGAAGCUUUCGAUUAUUUACAUUCACGAAAUAUCAUUUAUCGUGAUCUCAAGCCGGAGAAUCUUCUAUUGGAUAACGAAGGUUACGUUAAAGUCGUGGACUUUGGAUUUGCCAAGAGAUUGGAUCAUGGAAAAAAGACAUGGACAUUCUGCGGUACGCCGGAAUAUGUCGCACCGGAAGUUAUUCUCAAUAGAGGCCACGACAUAAGCGCCGACUAUUGGUCCCUCGGCGUCCUUAUGUUUGAACUUCUCACUGGAGCGCCGCCAUUCACUGGUUCUGAUCCAAUGAAAACAUAUAACAUUAUUUUAAAAGGCAUCGAUACCAUCGACUUUCCGAAGAUCAUAACACGUAACGCUUCUGUCUUGAUUAAAAAACUUUGCAGGGACAAUCCGGCGGAAAGGCUUGGCCAUCAGAAAGGAGGCAUUAGCGAAAUACAAAAGCACAAAUGGUUCGACGGCUUCAAUUGGGAAGGCCUACGACUACGUACACUAGAUCCACCAAUAAGACCUCGUAUACGUGCUCCUAUCGAUACUUCUAAUUUCGACGAAUACCCACCAGACAACGAUCCAGCGCCUCCAGACGAUCUAUCCGGUUGGGACGCUGAUUUUUAAUUUAACGUUAUAAAGACGAAUGAGAAGAGAGGAAAAAAAACUAAAAAAAAAAAGAUAUGUUCAAAUUUUUGACAAGAGUAUUUCGUAAUACAUUAAGCCAUAUUAACGGGAUUUAUAACGAUAAUCUGGAAUGUAUUAGGAAUCGUUUGACGUCCGUGGAUGACGACAGGAAUCACUAUGAUCGUUCUAUAGUUAACACUAUUAAACGAGAAGAAAAAAAACGAUAACAUCUGCAUUUAUUCUUCAUAAAUUUUCGUCUAUCUUUUGCACGGACAAAUGAUUCUUAUCGAAUUACAUUAGACUUUAAUUCUUAUGAUUUUAAUUUAGUUCAAUUUCAGAUUCAAUCAAAUUCAUAUUAAUGAAUUCUUUAACGAUUUUAUAAAAAAGAAAAAAAAAAGAAAAAAUAAAAAAAACUGAAUAUUUUUUCUGAUCGACUUGUAAACAAAUUUUAUCAAAAAAAAAAAAAAAGAAAAAAAGAAAAAAAAAUAUUUAUAAAUAGUAAGUUCAUACGCAUUGCAAUGUAAUAACGCGCACCUAGAUAACAAAAUAAUUACCAAUGUAAAUUCAUCCGAUCGUACAAGUUGUAUGUACAUACCAUCUUAUAGAACUUAAAACUAGUAUAACAAUAACAACAUUAUUAUAAAAGAA